UUUUACAUAUUUAUUUUUUUAUAUCUUGUGUUUCACGUGUGAUGGCUAAUGUGUCAUCGGCUGAUGUGGGAGUUUUGUUUCUCAUCGUGGUGACAGCAUCUUUGGCAAAUGGUUCCUCAUCGAGUAAAGAUGUGAGCCAGAGGAGGGAGGUGGAAGCAGUUAAGAUGAAUGGGCUCCUGCCCCGCGGUGUGGACGGCCUCACCGGUGUCGCCUCUCAGGGCGAAGCUCAGCCGUGCUCAGCCUGUGACCCACAGGCGGCCAGGAAGCGUUCAAAGAGAUGCACGUGUUACACUUACAAAGACAAGGAGUGUGUGUAUUAUUGCCACCUGGACAUCAUCUGGAUCAACACACCAGAGCACACUGUACCAUACGGUAUGUCCAGUUACCAGGGUUCCCUGCGUGUGAGGCGCUCCACUGGAACAAAACAGGGGAGGAAGUGGGCAGUGGCCCAGCGCUGUGUGUGUGCACAGCAGACUGACUCUCACUGCAGCAGCUUCUGCAUGAACAGCAGGCAAAGGAGGCCACCCCCUGCAGCGCCUGAAGUAGACAAGAGGACAGCAUCCCUGGACAGUGGGCCUGUCACAAAAUGAACAUAUCAGUGACAUGCUCAUAACCUGAGAGGUGGACAUGCGUUGUCUUUACAUAUGGCAUCCCCAUAUAUGGUGCCUUGUCAUCAGACUGAUGGAUGAGUAACAGCGGAGCUGCUUGUACAAAAACAAAAGAUAGCAAAACUAAAGGUGGGGGAGCCUGCAGGAAAGCUGACGGAGUGCGAGCUCACAGCGCUCUCUGCCUGUGUCUGUGCGACAGGUGUGGACAGUGUUUUUUAUUAUCUCGUUACAACUGAGGACAGUUUACUUGGCCAGCUCAUGUUGACAGCGAAGGACUUUGGUAGAGCUCACACAUGUCUGUGCCACGUGAUGAAGAGGAGGAUGAGGACUGUUAAAAUUUCACCACAAGUAACUUAUCGCACAGCCGUGUUUUCUCCGCAGGGACGUUAUUUAAUCACAGCCAGUAACUCAGCAUAUUUGUUUUUAGAAAAUAACAAUUUGUCACAGGCACUGAAAUGUCGAAAAUGUUACUUUUUGGGAACACUUCAUAAUAAUCAUCAUUAAUAAAUGGUAAAUUGAUUGUUGAAAUUUACUGCUGCAAACACAAUAUUUUAUAUACUACAUUAAGUAUUUGUUAAUGGUUAAUAAUAAGUUGUUAACAGUCUAUAAAUGUGAUUUGGGUGGCCAUUUUAAAGUUGUAAUGCUUAUAGAUGCACUAUACAGUGUUUAUUAGCCAUUUAACAAGGUAUUAUAAUCUAAAUAAUGUUUAUAGACCAUUUACAAACAAAUUAUUAACCAUUAACACGAAUGUAAUACAAUACAUAAACUGUUAAAAUGUGUACAACAGUAACUGUUGAAUUCUAGCAUUAGUUCCAGCAGUGAUUAUUGAAAGCAUGCAGUUCUCAACAUUUCAGUGAAUUCCUUUACUUUUCUGUGGGAUUUAUGGAGGUAGAGGAACUCGAAACAAAAAAAAGAAGCAAAACUCAUUUUGCAGUAUGUUUUUUUACAAAGCUGUAUCUAAGUCUUGUGUAUAUGAAAUGUGUGUCACUAUAUAUAGGCUAUAAAUUAUAUUUUCGUACAGUACCUACAUGUACAAUAAAGGUGUAUUAUAAGAUGUUGUAUAUAGAAUUAUAUAUAUGUGAAUAUAUCAGCUUGCUGUCUGUGGUAAAGAACACAGUCAAGUCAAAGUUGCAGUGGACCAUACUGCAAAUUUAUGGUACACAUUAUUUAUCAUCUGUUUUUUCUUGUAUGAAUUGUGCCUCCAACUAAUUCCCCAAUAA